GUCUAACUUCUGCGUCUCAGCAAGUAAUUUUCCUGCACAGAAAUCCAUUCAUUUGGCUAGUGGUCUUGUUUUGGGUUAAUAAUCGUCCGAGGGGUUAAGUCAAUAAUACGGUCUCAUGAGUAGCCAUCAUCUGGCCAUAUUGUAUCAUUGCGUUCAUUCAUUUAUGAUGAUCCUAUUCAUUGAUUUCAACAAUCGAAAAUUUCGUCUCAUCGAGUUAUCGAAAACCUCAUCCUUGACAAUAAAAUAAAAAUUAGUUGAAUUAUUUGUUCGUCAAAGAUAAUUAAAUAAGAUGAUAUAUAAUUCAACAAUUUAGCAGUUUAAGACAUUUCUUUUUUUCUAACUUAGUGGGUUUGAAACAACGUGAAGGAUCAAAACGACAAGAGUCAAUAAAAAAGAUAACAAAGAGUUUAUAGAACAGUUGUCAGUGAGACAGUUAGAUGUUUACUUAUCAGUGGUUGCAAAUUGUACUGUAUAAUAGGAUUUGUCAAUUAAUUAAUUAAGUUUUUUUGAACGAAAUUCAAUACUUUACAGCCUCUACACUGAAAUUCGUCAUUAUUUGGAGUUAUUUAUACUAAUUCUUCCUUUUUAAGUAGAAAUUUAAUUCGAUCUAAGCGUUUCCUUCAAAUUGAAUGAGUUGACAUGCCUUCGUACUUGGUUUGUGAUUCGUAUCAAUACUGUAUUCGUUCCCAGUAUGAUUCAGUCCUUGACAAUAUCGAGUAUCAUGUUUUAGUUUCGUCUCCCCCAACUUACUAGUUAUUGGCCUAAAGUUCUGAACAGUUUUUAGCAAAGUUUUACGAUCAAUUGGUCAUUUUACCAAAGUUUUAGUAGUUACACUGCCAAAUACCCAUGUGAUCAUUUGGUUCUUAUUAUUUGCCUAGUCCUACUCUUCAUUUAUUUUUCUAUUUCAGCAUCCAAAAAGUUUUUGUGUAAUAGGGAACCUUCAUUUACAAGCGAUUUUAAUCCGGACCCUAAUCACAUACACUUUCCAAUACCUGAAGAAAUGUUUCUAUCCUUUCUUAAUUGGAUACAGUCAGAUAAGAUAAUUCCCACCAACUUCUUCACUUUGAUACUGAACAAAGCUACAGAAUUUUUUAGCCAACAACCAAAUCUAACAGAAAUUCAACUUGAGGAUGAACAUCAUUUGAUUAUCUGUGGUGAUCUCCAUGGCAAUUUGAUUGCAGCUUUAAGAGUUUUUGAAGAAACUGGUUUACCGAACUCUCGGAAUCGUUUUGUAUUCAAUGGGGAUUUUGUCGAUCGAGGAACUAAAUCAGUCGAAGUGUUAAGUUUAUUGUUAAUGGCUGUAUUAACUUACCCAACCUAUGUAUUUCUUAAUCGGGGAAAUCACGAAGAUAUCAUGGUGAAUGAAAGGUAUGGAUUUGUAAAAGAACUAUCAAAUAAAUAUUCUAAGGAUAGAAAUAAUUUAAUUCACUUAUGUGACAAAUUGUUCUGCUCUCUACCAAUUGGAGCUAUCGUCAAUGAAAGAAUAUUUAUCUGCCAUGGUGGUAUAUCAAAACAUACAGAUCUUAUGAAAUUAAAGCUUCUAAAUAGAUUUAAACUUUCCUCACUUCUACAACCAUGUUUGGAUGGGGAUAACUGUGUAAAUUUUAAUGAUUGGCAACAGGUUUUAGAUUUGUUAUGGAGUGACCCUCAAGAUAAAGACGGAUGUAGACCCAACGGUUUCCGUGGUGCAGGUUGUUAUUUCGGUCCCGAUAUUACUGAUAGUUUCUUGGGUACAACAGGUUUCUCUAUGAUUAUUCGAUCUCAUGAAUGCCAUAUGGAAGGAUGGCAUAUUUCCCACUCAGGAAAAGUUUUAACUAUAUUUUCAUCAUUCGAUUAUUUCACACUACGCAGUAAUGAGGGUGCUUAUGCUUGUGUUACUGGUAGGGAGUCCAAUCAAAUAACCAACCCAAACGCUACUGUUUCUCUGUAUCCGAUAAAAUGUGUACCAAAAAAUACUUUUUCAGCAUCGCUUAACAUCUAUGUGAAUGUAUUUGUUCUUAUGCGAAUGCAAGAUCAAUUAUUAGAUAAUGACAGGACAUUAAAUGAUCCUGUUAAUAUGGCAUUUGUGUGUUUAUGGCAACGGAUAAUUCAUCAUAAAGAAAAGCUCCUGGGAUGUUUCAGUCAACUGGACAUUUAUAACUCAGGUAUCGUCUCACUUACUGAUUGGUGUGAUAUAAUGGCUUCCGUAACACGUUUAAAGCUUUCUUGGCGUUGUCUACGUUCUUUUUUGGCCAACUUAUCUAUUGAUCAUACAGACCAAGUUACUUACAAUUCUAUGUUCACAGGAAACUGUGUGAUACACCCAGACCUUCCAAAUGAAAAUUCAUUGGCAAACGAAAUUUUUGAAUUGCAACCUCAUCUUUUGACUGUUGUUCAAGCUUGUCACUUUAAGCUAAAUAGCGUCAAUUUGUACAGUUUAGUGGCUAAAUUAGAAUCAGCUGAUCACAAUGUACAAAUUGCUAGAUUAAAAAUUGUUGUAUCAAAACUGAUAAAAUUACUAAACAAGAGUGAUGUAAUAUCUUUUAACUUGGAUAAAUUCUUGGCUUCUUUUCUUUUCGUGGAAAUUCAGAAACGUGUUAAAGUUUAACUAACACAACUGAAUCUUCCAUGGUUGAUGAGUCUCAUAUAUAUAUUAUUGAGCAGUAGCCAGAAUAAUUAUUCCCAUUCGGACCGUUUUUAUUCCAUGUUACCUAUUUAUCUAUUUUAUAAGAUUUGUAUUUAUUUGUUUGUAGCUUGUCUACUCUUAUUUUUUCAAUAAAAUAAUUCGAAAGUCCAUUUAGAAUGGACAUUUGUUUUAAGGGAAACCCUGAAAAACUUACUCCUUUACAUUAAUUUCUUUUAAAAAUAUGUUGUGAAUUUAUGUUAGAUUUUUGAUACGAUCUAGACAUUAUGUUUAUAGUUAUCUAAUUGUUAUGAAUUCAAUAUUUGGGGACCAUGAAUUAUAUUACAUGUUAUCCAUAUUCAUUUAGUUCUUAUUCUUCUCCAGAUUUUGGAAAUAUUAUUAAUUUAAAAAUAACCAUUGAACAGUAAAAUGUUAUUCUGUGUCUUUUGAUCUUCGUGUUUUAAAUGUUAGUUUUUAUUUGUAAAUCGGUCAUUUUAAAUAGAAGUACAUUUGAAUAAUUU